CGCAACCCAAUAUUUUCCUUUUGUAGAAAUUUAAUCUCAUAUUCAAAUGGAUUAAGGGACAGAACUAGACAAUUUGAUUGAUCAAUUAAAUUACCGUAUACACAUAUUUCCCCAUUUUUCUCAAAGAUUUAGGGGCAAAAUGAAAGAUGAAUAUAUUUCUACCUAUAAAUUGUUUGUGUGUCUCUCAUGUUCACAUUUUAGUUGGUUCAUCAUUGCAUGAAAGCACAAAAAGGCUAUUUUUAGGGUCAAACGAGGAAGGUUGUUGGAUAGAAGGAAAAAUGCUGGCAAUAACAAAACUCUGGGAUGGGUUGGGAAUUCCAUUGGAUUGUAAAUUGAGAUUUGUAAUAUUACUAUUAUUCCUAUUAUUUUUUAAUAUUUUCUCCUUUUUAUUCAUCAAGUUUUGGUUUGUACUUGUUUUUUCUUUCUUUCUUUUUCUUCUUCAACUCCAAAGAUAGAGAGAGGAGUGGGAGGGGAAGGGAGGAAGAGAGGGGAGGAAAGGAUCAACCAAUUGAUGUGAUUAUGGGGAAAACACCCACCAUCUUUGAUCUCAUUUCAAAACAAUUAGCCUUUGUUUUGAUAUGAUUUCUUCAUGUGGGUGUUAAUUUGCUAUAUGGGAGAAGUUUAUUUGUUUGUUUUCACACAAGAUAUUAUUCAUUGAUGUUCUUUCACAAUUUAAAAGGAGUUUUCGCAGAAAACUUCCUCCCGGCAGAUUCAAAAUUUUCGCGCAACUCUUUCCUCUAAGCCGGGCACCACCACCAAAUUCCGAAAAUGGGCCCUCCUAAUCUCAACACCUUCAGACUUUAUCAGCUCUGGAAGGGUAACAACAAAUUCUUAUGUGGUGGGAGAUUAGUGUUUGGCCCAGAUGCUGCAUCACUGUUCUUGACAUCAUUCCUAAUUGGAGCUCCAGCAAUCACAUUCUGCAUAAAAAUGUUGCUAAUGAUGCGCACUGAUCCUGUUUUCAACUACCCUGUUCUUGUUGGUGGAUGGGUCCUCCUAGUCAUGGACUUUGCAUUCUUGUUCCUGACAUCGAGUAGGGAUCCAGGGAUCAUCCCAAGGAACUCACAGCCACCAGAGAUGGAGGAUUCUUCGAUCGACAUGACCGCGACGUCGAUGGAAUGGGUGAACAACAGGCUAGCACACUUCAAGCUCCCAAGGACGAAGGAUGUGUUUGUGAAUGGUUACAGUGUGAGAGUGAAGUUCUGCGAGACUUGCUUGUUGUAUCGUCCUCCUAGGGCUUCCCAUUGCUCCAUAUGCAACAAUUGUGUCCAGAAGUUUGAUCAUCACUGCCCCUGGGUGGGUCAGUGCAUUGGAUUGAGGAACUACCCAUUUUUCAUAUGCUUCAUAUCAUCGUCGACCAUGUUGUGCAUAUAUGUGUUUGUGUUCUCAUGGAUCAACAUCAUCCGCCAACAGGGAACCUUGUGGACUGUUCUUUCCAACGACAUCAUCUCCCUUAGUUUGAUCAUCUAUUGUUUCAUUGCUGUUUGGUUUGUUGGAGGCCUCACUGUUUUCCACUUAUACUUGAUUUCCACUAACCAAACGACUUACGAGAAUUUUCGAUAUCGGUAUGAUAAGAAGGAUAAUCCAUUCAGAAGAGGGUGCCUACAGAACUUCAAAGAAGUGUUUGUAUCAGACAUUCCACCAUCGGCAGUAAACUUCAGGGAAUGGGUGGCUCCAGUGGAGAUCAUCGACGAUUCAGUGAGAAGUGUGAGCAUGAAUGGGCAUAACAAUUUAAUGAGCUCUAAGGAGAAAUUUGACUUGGAAAUGGGAGGGGAUAAGCUUGGGAAGGAAGGGACUAAACUUCCAGCCAUUUUGCAGAACUUGAAUUAUAAUAGUUUCAAUGACGAUGAUCAUGAUGACGAUUUGAAGAGAAAAGGAAAAUCUGACGGUGGAGUUGCUACAUUUGAUCCUUAUAACGAUUUAUCAGAUCGUCAUAGCUCGCAUCAUAAGGUCAUGAACGCAGCAGCAACCCUUCACGAACAGCAUGCACACUAGACGAAAGACUUUAUUUUGGACUAUAUGGCUGGGAAGCAAUACUCUCCAUACUCCACCAUCCAAAUCCAGUUGAAGGUCAUGUGAUUCCAAGUAAGAUGGAUUAGUUUCAACAUUGAUAUUAGCCAACUAACCUUAUCUAAAUAGGAUGUAAAAGCAAAUAAAACUAAUUAUAUGUAUUGUUUGUUGCACUAACAUUUUGUUUUUGAUUCACGGGAUGAGAGAAAUGAGAUGGAGGAGAGCAAAUGAGGGUUUGAGAUGUCAAGAAGAGAGGUGGUAAAAGAUUCAAAUGGAAGUUGUGUGGUUGAUGUGUAAAACAUUUUGAAAGAGUUAACAUUAGCAUAUAAUUGAAAAUCCUUCCUUUUGUCCCAUCCUUGGUUCCUCACCAACUCCUCCUCAUCUUUUGGGGUUACAAUUUGUUUCAAUAUAAAAAAGGUAAAGAGUACAAAGAGAAAGCAAUACCUAGAAAAGGAAGAAAACAAUAAAAAAAAAAGAUGCAAUUUUACUUAGAAUCAUGGUAUCAUCAUAUAGCUUCAUGAGAAUACAACAUUGUUAAGAUCAAAACGUGUAAUUCUUAAUUAGUUUGUUUUUAUCAUGUGUUAAUUCUCACUUUAUAUUAUUUUUUUAUAGAAGAUUUUGUUCUAAUACCUUUCACAAAGAGGGAAGAUAAAAUGUCUUUUGGAAUUUCGUGGGUUGUGUUUAGCUUGAAAAACUAAGAAAAGAUAAAGAGAGGUAGAUUGACGAGGCACCUCAUAUCGUAUAAAGAAUUGCCUGCAGUGGAUAACGAAAAUAUAGAGGACCUCUAUGAAAGAGCAGUGGGAAAGUAUUUUGGUUCACCGCUUGUGACAAAAGUUUUAGGAGGAGUUCUACAUUUGAAAAUAUCCAGAAAGGAUUGGAUUCAGGUUGUGAGAAGUGAGAUGUGGGAGACGAAGGAAGGCAAAGAAAAAGUUCUUUGCUCCUCUAGCUUUGGUAGAUGGGUCUUGAAAUUUGUGCCUCUUGCAUUAGCCUCUUUGUGAUGUCUAUGUCUCGGACAAGAAUCGUUUCGUUACUUGAUUCUACAAUUCCACAAACCCUAAAUCGCAACAAAUUUCAUAUCGCUUA